AUGGUCGUGCGCUGGCUCCUGAUUUCUGCCGUCCAAUCAUAUCUCCUGUCGGCCGAACGCGUUGCUGAGCAGCGCUUUCUGCACGAAGUCGACAGCUUCCUGACUCGCCGUCACGGCGCCAGGGAGUCUGAGAAGGAAGAGCAGACCAAAACAGCGCUUGUUGCUCACGGAAUACAGGAGACUGCGGAUGGAGCCCGAACGGAUGUGAAGAUUGGCCUUCCAAAGUGUUCCGACGGCCUCCUGCACCUCGAAGGACGCUACGAGGUGAAGGAGGAGGUCCUCGUGGAGGGGCCUUCAUGCCGAGUAACCGGGAGCGCGGAGCUGCUGCUCUCCGCGCCCGUGCGCUUCCAGGGCAGCACCGUCUUCGCAGGGCAGCUGAGCGUGAGGGCCGUCGUCGACGCUAUGAGCGGCCCCUGCAUCACCGUCCAGGGCAACUUCACCUUGCAGCACAAGGCACGCCUCAGGCUGGCGGGCUGCAAGAAUCAGAAUCAGAAAGGUCGAGGAGGUUGUCUCCGCGUGGACAGCACCGCCGAACUUCUUGGUGGCCAGUUGCUCCUGCAGGGUUGCGAAGUGGGGAGUGAUGGUGAGGGAGGCGGCAUCCAUGUUGGAGGUGCCCUGCGACAUUGGGAUGCGACCAUCGACGCAGCAGGAUGUCAUGCGGGUGAAGGAGGUGCCAUUUGGGUGGAGGAAAUAGUGAUCUCCGGCGGCAACCUGAACAUCACGCAGUCUUAUGCUCGACAGGAUGGAGGUGCCAUCUGGGCGGGGGAAAUGGCGAUCUCCGGUGGCAACCUGAGCAUCGAGGACUCUAAGGCUUCCCAAGAGAAUGGAGGUGCCAUCUGGGUGGUGUACCUGGUGAUCUCCGGUGGCAACCUGACCAUCCAGGACUCUAUGGCUGUCAACAAGGAUGGAGGUGCGAUCUUUGCUGUGAACGCCAUGAUGGUCUCCGGUGGUAACCUGACAAUCACGGGCUCUUCGGCUUGUGGGAGUGGAGGCGCCAUCCAUGCUGCGAAGGUGAACAUCUCCGGUGGAACCGUGGCCAUCACGGAGUCUCGUCCUUUAUGUGGAGGCCAGGCGGCUUCUGCUGGCGCAGGAGGCUGCGUCUACACGGAGAGCUUCGCGCAGUCCGGGGGCACUGUUCGCCUCCAGGGCUGCGAAGCGAGCAGAGGAGGCGGCAUCUUCUCGCAGAAGAUCACGCUUGGGGAAUUGGCCGCGCUGAGCAUCAGCGACUCCCGGGCAGAACGAGGCGGAGGCGUCUACACGACGUGGAUCACCAACGAGGCCGUGCAGCUGCGCGUCUCCAGAUGCUCGGCUGAGAUCUACGGCGGCUGCUUCUACCUGGCCCCGGGACAGGCGGAGUUUGCUGCUCCGCUCUUUUUGCGGGAUUGUGAGGCCGAUGGCACGGGCGGCGGCAUUUACGCCCAAGCAGAGCUCGUGGCACAGGAAGUUCGCUGCAGCCGCUGCAAAGCCCCGACUUCAGGGUGCCUAGAGCUCACUUAUGGCCAGGCAAGGCUCGGCAAGGUGGCAAUUGACACCGGCUCCAGACUUCCCUCCGCCUCUUCGGUUGUGCGUGCCGGGGGCAAUGCGAGCAUCACGGUUGGCGGAGUCGACUGCCGCGACGCACCCGGCUGCACGCUGGCUGUCGAGCAUCUGAACCUCACGCGGCUCAUGUGUCAGCAAGGGGAGAGCCGCCAGCCGCUGGCAGAGGGCACGGGCCAGGAGUGCAAGGAGUGCCGUGCAGAUGAGAUCCGCCUCGUUGCGCCGGACGAGGACGCGCGGUGCACAUCAUGCCCCAAUAUGGGCAACCUCACCAUUGACUGCACGCCAACGGAGCUGAAGCUGCCGCCCGGCUACAUGGUGGACUUCGAUCACACUGUGGCCAAUGAUCUCUCCGGCUGGUACCGGUGCCCCAACGAGAUGGCCUGCCCUGGUGGGCACUUCAAUGCCAGCAGCGUCCCUGGCGAGCCGGUGGAGGAGCUGGUUCCAAUGUGCGAAGAGGGCUACCGCGGUCCCGGGUGCACGAGCUGCACUGAAGGCCAUGCACGUGCGGAUGCGGACAUCCUCCGGUGCAUCCGCUGCGCCACUUGGACCACCGCACCCAGGAAGGUGCUAUGGUAUGUCGGCUUCUUUCUCUUGAAGAACCUAGCCCUCUUCGCCUCGGCAGUGGUCAGUGUGGAGGGCAGCAAGGGCCAGAGAGCCACCAGUGCCACGUUGCUGAACCAGGCGAUGUCCUUUGCGGCCGUCGCCGGUGUCACCAUGUCGGGCGCCAUGCAGACCGCCACCUUCAAGAACGAUCUCGACAAUGCAGCGCAGGUGGGCCUGCAAAUGCUGGCUCUACCGGCAUCCGUCGCACAGGGGCAAGGCUCCCGCGAUGCCGGCAGCAUGUCCGGGCAGUGCCUGCUGCAGCUACUUCACAUGGACAGCGGCAUCCACCACGUGCACGCAUUGCUGUCCCUGUGGCCAGCUAUGCUUGUGGCAGGCCUUGCCGUGAUGAAGGGCGGCUGGCUGGCAGCCGUGGUUGGAAGCAACGUCUUCCUGCCCGCCUUCAUCGCCGGAUUCGGAAAGUACCUCGUGCAUUUCCGGCUGCGGCCUGAAUCUGAUGAGGACCAGGCCCUUAGCGCGCUGCACUUGGACUUCCUGCCGCCCGGACCGCAGAUGACAUCCCAUGUUCCGCUGCGGAUCGCGGCAGUGCUGGGCGCCAUCGUGGGCUUCUCGGCGCUGAGCGUGAGCAGCUGGAUCUACGCCGUCAGAACCCGAUCGAAGGAGCCGCGGCCGCAUGUGGCCUAUCUGAUGCAGGCUUAUCGGCCAGAGUGCGCCAUUUGGGAGGUCGAGCGGUUGCUGCGUAAGGUGCUCCUCGCGAUGAUCGCCGCCUUGUUGCCGGUCACCCUGGCUCCGGCCCUCCAGAUGGAAGCCGUGACCUUGGUGCUCAUCACAUCCCUGGUGGCGCAUCUGUACUUUUGGCCCUACAAGGAAGAUGCUUGGAACCGAGCGGAGAUCGGGCUGCUGAUCGUGAGCCUCACCAUCACCGGGAUGACCACUUGCAUCAUCGCCAUCGACCGGCACUGGGCGAAGUCCAGCUGGAUGCAGCGAGCUCUGGUCUUUCUGAUCUGCUCCAUUGCCGGAGGAAUCUGCAUCGUCAUGAUGGUCGCCUUCUCCCUGGCCUACGUGGAGGAGCGGCGCCAGAGAGCCGAGGCCAAGAAAGCCGAGGAAGCGUGA